GCAACUAAUAAUUAAGUCUCUUAUAUAUAAUUUUUUAACUAAUUUUUGAUGAAAUGCUAUUACCAAAUUAGAAAAAUAAUUUUAUUUUUUUAAAAUUUUCAUUGUCAAAAUAUAUUUUAUAUUUUUGUGUCUUCAUACUACACUUCUCGUAAAUCCCAAGUUCGAAAAUGAAACCACCAGAUGUGGCUGCCCACCGCCGGAGAAGACGACGCAGCAGCCUGAAAAGAACUUCGUUAUUACCUGUUUACGGAGAAGAAGACCAUUAAAUGAGUUGUUAUGGCAAACUCGCUAUGAACAGAACUUUCUUUACUUCAAUCACAGACGACAGUCCAUGUCUUCUUCUUCGUCUGCUACAAACAUGUUCAACCAUGGACGAGCUCAAGCAAAUCCAUGCUCACGCCAUCAUCCAAGGCCUCUCUCGUUUCACCUACAUCGCCAGCAAGCUCUUGGCUUUCUCUGCUUCACCACACUUCGGUGACUUGGGCUACGCCGAGGCUCUUUUCGAUCAAAUCGCCACACCCAAUGUGUUCCAUUGCAAUUCCAUGCUAAUGGGCUUCGCCAAAAACUCGCAUUUCGAAAAGGGUUUCUCUGUUUAUACCAAAAUGAGAAGAAUCGGCGUUGAGCCUAAUGCACGUACCUUCACCGUUUUGGUCCAGGCUUGCGUCGUUGUACGUUUGCUUGGUCAAGUUCAUGGUCAGAUUGUGAGGUUUGGCCAUGGUUCUGAUGCUUAUGUUACUAGCUCUGUCGUCAGUGCUUAUUCCAGGUUUGGAGCAAUGGAGUUUGCUCAUCGUGUUUUUGAUGAAAGUGUUGAUAAGAAUGUGGUUUGUCGGACUAGCUUAUUGAGUGGGUACUGUGGUAACGGUUUGGUGGAUGAAGCGCGUCAGGUGUUUGAUGAAAUGCCUAUGAGGAAUGAUGUUUCUUAUAGUGCAAUGGUUUCUGGGUUCGUACGGAACGGUUGUUUCUAUGAAGCAAUUGAGUUGUUUCGUGAGUUGAAGACUCAUUCUAAUGUGAAUCUUAAAGGGUCUCUCUUGGUUAGUGUUCUUAAUGCUUGUGCUUCAGUGGGAGCGUUUCAAGAAGGAAAAUGGGUUCACUUGUUUUUAGACCAAAAUGGUAUUGAAUACGAACUUCAGCUAGGCACUGCUUUGAUAGAUUUCUAUGCAAAAUGUGGGUGUAUCAGAGAUGCUCAAGCGAUAUUUGAUAAAAUGCCUCAAAAAGAUGUAACAGCUUGGACAGCCAUGAUUGUGGGGUUGGCUGUUAACGGAGAGAACAAGUUGGGUCUUGAGCUUUUCAGGGAAAUGGAAGAGAAAGGACCUGAGCCAAAUGUUGUGACAUUCAUUGGGGUUCUCACUGCUUGCAACCACGAAACUCUGGUGGACAAGGCAUGGUUGUUUUGGGGACGCAUGGCUAAAGUUUACGGGAUCUCGCCCGAGAUCGAACACUAUGGCUGCAUGGUUGAUAUCUUGGCACGGUCAGGAAGAGUGAAAGUGGCAGAAAUGUUGAUAAGGCAUAUGCCAAUGGAACCAGAUGGAGCCAUUUGGGGGUCAAUGCUAAAAGGGUGUCUAGUGCAUGGCCAUGUCGAAUUAGGAGAGAUGGUGGGAAAGGCUUUGAUUCAAUUAGAGCCUAAACACAGUGGAAGGUACGUCCUUCUAGCCAAUAUGUAUGCCACAAUUGGUAGCUGGGAAGAAGUGAUUAGGCUGAGGAAAAUGAUGAAGGAAAGAGAUGUUGUCACCAUCUCUGCUUGGAGUUUCAUCGAGAUUAGUGGUGUAGUACAUAAAUUUGUAGCUGAUGACAAGUCUCAUUCUCAGUCAAGGAAUAUCUACUGUGUUUUGGAUCAACUGAAAAGGGAGCUUAAAAGCUCUUCCAUAGCUCAAUCUUUAACCAUGUAUUUUAGUUUAUGCAAGUUUGAGGAUGUCUACCUUUUCUGCUCCGGUUGCUGUGUCUGGCUAUGUUGGCCUGAAACCCAACUUUCCUAAGCUUCUUCCAGCUAAGGAUUCAGUUGGGUGGACCAGGAAAACUGUCUCCAAUGGUUCCAAAACUCACUGCAUGAAGACAUGGAAUCCAAUCAACAAUAAGAAGUUUGAGGCACUAUCCUAUCUCCCACCUCUUUCAGAUGACUCAAUUGCAAAAGAGAUCGACUACAUGAUCAGAAAGGGAUGGAUCCCCUGCCUUGAAUUUGAUGAG